AUGGCGGCUGUGCAGUGCCUUGGCAGUGUAAACAGUGAGCACGCGAGGCAGGGUCGCGAGGGCCAGGGCAGGCGGGAGGUGCGGCGCGCGGUGUCUGCAGGGCCUGGUGUUGCGCAGACCGGCCUGCGCACGCGCGACAUGGAUACGGAAAUCUUGCAGCGGGUGAUGCGGGAUCCGCAUCAUUGGGGUGAUGUCGGGAAGCUGAUGGUGCGUAGUCGGUGGUGGCAGCCGGUACCGCUUUGUCCGAAUGAGUGGGAGGAUGGGGACGAGGAGGAGCGUGUGGUAUGGUCAACGCAUGGGUUUCAUUCGCAGGAGGCUAUGAUUGCUGAGUGA